GGUUUCAGUUUGGUGAUGGAAGCAUUGUUUGAGGUUUUCUCUGCCCCUUCUUCUCCCUCCUCUCCUCUUCCUCCGCCUUCUUCUAAACCUUCACCUGUUCCUCAAUCCUCUCGCUCUAGUGAAGAAGAUUUUCCCGUGCUCUGUUGUUCUUCAUUCGCUGGGAGGACUAUCAAGCUGUUGCACAAUGGAUUUUUGAAGCAGGGUCUGUUACAAUGUAUUUUAGAUUGCACUGAUUGUUUUCCCCAUUGCUUCACUGGUGGAUCCAUUCCUUUGUUUGGUCACAUGACAGUCACAUGCUCUUCCUUACAUAACAACAAUAGCAACAAUUUAUUCUUAAUAUUCAG